ACGGUUCGCCCACAAGUUUUCCUCCGCCUCUUUCUCUCUAGUCUUUUCCUUCUCUGCACUUUCUCCCCAACCAAACUAACCCCAAGCUUGUUUUGAACGUUGUUGGGUCUCACCAACAGAGGCUACAGCAUCGUAAGUAUGGAGUUUCUGGGGAUGGAUUUCAGCUGCGCAUUUGGAUCGCUUCGCAACGGCAAAUUCCCAGACAAAGAUUGUUUGCUUCCCCUCAUUUCGAAGCUCCUCGGCUAUUGCAUCGUCGCCGCUUCCACCACCGUCAAACUUCCUCAGAUAUUGAAAAUUUUGAAUCAUAGAAGUGUCAGAGGGCUUAGUGUUGCAGCAUUUGAACUUGAAGUAGUCGGUUAUACCAUUGCCUUGGCAUAUUGUCUUCACAAAGGACUUCCCUUUUCAGCUUAUGGAGAGCUGCUCUUUCUUUUGAUCCAAGCCAUAAUAUUAGUUGCUGUUAUCUACUACUAUUCUCAACAUGUGGGAACCAAAACAUGGAUCAGGGCAUUGCUAUAUUGUGCUGUAGCUCCCACUGUUUUGGCUGGUCGAAUUGAUCCUGUUCUCUUUGAAGCUUUAUAUGCAUCCCAGCAUGCAAUUUUUUUCUUUGCUAGGGUCCCGCAAAUAUGGACGAACUUUACUAACAAAAGUACAGGAGAGCUCAGCUUCUUAACAAGUUUCAUGAAUUUUGGAGGUUCCAUGGUGAGAGUCUUUACCAGCAUCCAAGAAAAAGCUCCAACAAGUGUUGUUUUGGGCUCUCUUAUUGGUAUUGUCACGAAUGGUACCAUCCUGAGCCAGAUAAUUCUGUACUGGAAGCCACAUGUAAAGGAAGGAAAGAAAGUAGAGUAGAAAAGAGUGAGGUCAGGUCAUUGUAACUUUUUGCUUUUGUCAAAUUCGGACACGCCAGAUGAUUGUAACGUUUUGCUUAUGUCAAACUUCAACAAGCUGUGCAGGUGAACCAGUGUUAUUCAUCAAUGCAUACAUGGCCGGUCACAAUAUCCUGAUACAGAUUAUUUUUCAAUAUAUCCUUCAAGUUUCAACUGGUCCAUUAGGAAAGGUGACUGUUAUUCUGUCUGAUAUUCCUUCAAGAUAUGUAUUGUUUAUACAGAAUAGGCACCUUACUUCAGUUUCUCCUGUAUUUUUUCUUUAAAAAUCUUGUCUUUAUUUAUUCUCCCCUCUCCUUGGUUGAAAUUGCUCUGUUUACGUAUCAUUUAGCUUAUAUAUGGAUUUAGAUAUUCGUGGUCCA